AUGGAGUUUAAAAACAGAGGGGGUACAUAUGGAUAUCGAGGGGGUAAAUAUGGAUAUCGAGGGGGUACGUAUGGAUAUCGAGGGGAUACAUAUGGAUAUCGAGGGGGUACAUAUGGAUAUCGAGGGGGUACAUAUGGAUAUCGAGGGGGUACAUAUGGAUAUAAUUGGCGGCAGGUGCUGCGGGCUGAUUCUUCUCCUUCUGAUGAACGAUGGCUAUGUUUACAAUUUUCAGGUGUUUCUGACCUUAUUGAUUUGCUUGUUACACAGACUGCCACUCGGGUUGGUAACAGAAAAUAUCCAGUCAUGCAGGAGCCUAUACUAGACAAUCUUCGUGAUGAUAGAGACAAGCUUCGUGAUGAUAGAGACAAUCUUCGUGAUGAUAGAGACAAUCUUCGUGAUGAUAGAGACAAUCUUCGUGAUGAUAGAGACAAUCUUCGUGAUGAUAGAGACAAUCUUCGUGAUGAAAGAGACAAGCUUCAUGAUGAAAGAGACAAUCCUCGUGAUGAAAGAGACAAUCUUCGUGAUGAAAUAGACAAGCUUCGUGAUGAUAGAGACAAGCUUCGUGAUGAUAGAGACAAGCUUCGUGAUGAAAUAUUCUUAUUCCCACUCCUCCUUUCUGGAUUAAUUAUGCAUUAG